AUGAAGUACCGACAGUCCUUUGAUUCGCCAUCCGGUCUAGCAUCGACCGCACAUGCAAGUCAUUCAUUGAUCAAUCGGAAUGCUUGGGCAGACGAUGAUGACAUUAAUCGAAUUCAUCAAAAGAAGACAUCCUUUGCGUGGACUUCGUUUUUUAAAUGCUGUUUUGUUGGAUUAUUACUAGCUGGAAUAGGUUUAGCUAUUGUGCUCACAUUCUGGUUGACAUCAAAAACAACUGCAACGGAAACAUUAGCAUCAACAAUGGGUAUAACAAGUACAAGUACGACAAGCACAAGUACAAGCACAAGUACGAGUACGAGUACAACAAGCACCAGUACAUCAACUACGACUACAGAGACAACUACAACGACUGCAGCAACUGCUUCAAUUACAUCGAAUACAUGUACAUCCGGUUGGACUGGUGUUACUAUACUCUAUCAUUGCACUACUUGUCCGACAAUAUACCCAAAUGCAUACUAUUCAUAUACUUAUGUAGCCAUUGUUAAUUUAACUCGAAUUUCGUUAGUUCUUCGUGAAGAUGUUGGUUGUUUUGCAAUCGAUAACGUAUCUGUACGAAGUACUGCAGCACCAUCUGUUGAAUUGAUCUCUAAUAAUGGCUUUGAAACAGGAAAUCUUUCAUCAUGGACAUAUUGCAAUCCAGGUGGUGCUUCAGUUCCCGGAGCUGGAGAAGUUUUUAACAGUUUACUUUGUAUUUCUUUAACACUUGUACCCAAAUCUGGAUCGUAUUUUUAUUGUGAUGGGGUUGUAGGAUAUAAUGAUUAUCUUAGUCAAACAUUUACAACAGUCAUUGGUCAAUCAUAUAACGUCUCUUUUUGGCUUUCCAAUGACGCUGGUAAUAAUAAUGGAACAAGUGCAGCCGAUAUUUUACUGAGUGUAUAA